AUGUGCAUAGGUGUUUCUAAGACCGAAUUGUUGAAUGGCGCUACAAAUCAAACACGAGCGGUCAUUCUGAUUCAAGACCAUAAUGACAAUUCUCCAAAGUACCCACUCGACGCGCUGGAGAUUACUGUGAGCGAGAACCUGUCGCUCGAUGAGCCGUUCUAUGUGGUUCACACUAACGACGAGGGCAAGAAGGUGGGAAGUUACCUACGAGCUCUUCUUUUUGAGCUCUUCCUCAAUAUUGGAAAUGCCCAUAAAAACCACGCCAUCCUCUAUUUGCUGAUUUCUUCACAUCCUUCUUUUCCUGUGAUGGUACAGCCGUUGACCGGACAGCUGCGGCUCACAGAACCAUUAGACUUCGAGAAAAUCAAGAUGUACCACAUUCGAGUCAAGAUGCCCGGAUAUCUUGUUCCGAUGGCGACCGUGAUGCAGUUGAGGGCACACGAUGAAGUUGAAUGGCAAGAUGCUCUACGGAGUAACUAA